AACGAUAUCAUUCAGCAUCAAAGCACCAAACAUGGAGGAACAAUUCAAGAUCUCUGACCGUCGCAUUAGGAUCGAAACUGUUUGCGAUCCCCAGGUAGACACCCCACCAAAUACGUUUGUAAUAAGACCGUCGAAACAUAUGAACCGAAAAAUUUGUCGCGUAUGCGUUAAAGAAUGCACCUCAUCUUACAACCUCCUCAGCGAUGUGUCGGACGGAAAGACCGUCAUGGAUGUGGUGGCCGAAGUCUUCUCGUUCAAUAUCAUAGUCGGAGCCGGUCGCUCGUCCUGCGUUUGUGAGUCCUGUUUCAAUUUGGUGAAAGAUGUUUCCUCAUUUUACCAGAAAAUCACUAAAUGUAACGAUGCAUCAGAGGUGAAACCGUCCAAACUAAAAUUAAGAAUAACAUUCCAAGAUAAUACACAGGAGUCGAAGACUGAAACUCCUACAAAACCUGAAGGGGAGGAACAACUCAAAGAGGAGGAAAAAGACAAAGGUCACACGUGCCCCAUAUGCCACAAGAGAUUUAAUUGGCGGGCCUCCCUGUUGGUGCACCAGCGUGUCCACACUGGUGACAGGCCAUUCAAGUGCAACAUUUGCAACAAGCAGUUCAGAUGUUACAGAUUCAGCAGCGGCCUGCACCUCCACAGGCGCAUCCACAGCGAGGAGAAGCGCUACAGCUGCGGCGUCUGCAAAAAGGGCUUCAACCAGCUGGUCGGGUUGCAGGUGCACGGCCGGAUCCACACCGGCGAGAAGCCCUACAUGUGCGCCGUGUGCGGCCAGACGUUCAGCGACUUCUCGGGCUUGAAGGGCCACUCGGUGACGCACAGCCCCAAGCCCGUCAAAGAGUGCCCGGUUUGCGGCAAGAGGAUGGCCGUUCGGAGCAUCGGCACCCACAUUAAAACCGUCCACAUCGGCAAACGGGAGUUCCAGUGCACCCGGUGCCCCAGGAAGUUCGUCAGCAAAAGCGUCCUGGUGGGGCACAUGAGGAUCCACGACGGCACCAAGCCCUACAAGUGCAACAUCUGCGAGAAAUGCUUCAAUCAACACGGCACUUUGUACAAUCACAUGAGAACGCACACCGGACAGAGGAGGACCAGAAAGAAAUCGGAAGAUACUAAGGAGGAGGAAGAGGAUUCGGCGAAUGCCGAAUCGGAUACUGAAAAAUCGUAAACGUCUGUAAAUUCGGGGAGUUGCAAUGACGCAUUUUUUUGUAUUUUUGGUCGAUUUGCUGUAAACUCAAUCUAGAUUUUGGGCAGGGACACAUUUUGUAGGUUUUUUACCAAAAAUUUAUUGUCACAGGUUAAAAGAGUGAACAAAAGGCUGUUAAUAUUUGGCAAUUCCACUUUUUCUAAUAGCACUAGAUUUGAAAUUUGAAUGUACUACUUGAAAAUAAGCCUGUCACUUCAUAGUUGCUACUUUAUACAACCUCCUGGUGGUAAUACCACCAACUUUCAAUGUUAGUUUUUGUCUACAUCGUUUAACAAGAGUGUUUUUGUAUGGUCAACCAUACCACUCGAGUUAAUCUCGUUUAUACAUUAUUUAUUAUAUUUAUUUGAUAUAUUUUUUAUAUGGUAUUACAAUUUAUGAAAGUUACAAAAAUAAAUCUAUUUUUUAUA